AUAAACCCUAAAUAUUCGAAGCCUUGUAGUCAUUUUGAAAAUUCAGCAAAGAUGAAAGGUUUUCCGUUCACCUUUGUUCUCAUUUUUAUAUCGACGUAUUCCCUGACUGGUUCAAAUUUUCUAUCCUGCAACGAAACACUUACUUUAAAUUAUGAAGAGUGCAAACCUGCGAAUUCGUCAGUCUUGGUAAAAGUCCAUCGAAAUACCCAGAAGGUAAAAUAUUUCAUUGAAGACAAGGUCAAGCUUGUGAGACCGACACAUCUGGAGUUCUACCCUACUGGUUCUCUGAUCUGCACGACUCCUGAAACCAUCACCGUCACCAACACCUCCUUUAGUGAUCUCCAAGGCGUGAAAUCUGUCCACAUAGAGUGCGUGCAAUUUCGAGGUUUUCCAACGCCAUUCAAAAAUCAAAAUCAUCUCGAAACAUUAAGUUUCCUCUACAACGAAUUUACCAAAUUCCCUCAAGAAUUCUGCGCGGAUAUUCCGUCGAUCAAAUCCAUAACGCUAGGAUAUCAGCAGAUUACAAACCUGUCCAGAGCUUCGUUCUUUUCAAUCACGACACACCUGCAGAGUCUCCAAUUGCAGCACAGUCAUUUGAAAACUAUCGAACCAGAAACAUUCUCAAGGUUCAGGUACCUGAAAACCCUGGAAUUGAACGGCAAUGAGCUAGAGAUACUGCGACCUGACAUGUUCGAUGGUCUCAGUGUUCUGGAGACUCUUAAUUUGGGAGAGAACAUCAUCAGUACGAUAAAACCUGGAACUUUCGCCAGUACGACGAGUCUUCGUGGAUUAUUCUUGCAUUCGAAUAGAUUGGAGGACAUGCCAAAGAGAAUAUUCUGCGAUCUUCUGGAUUUAGAAGAUUUGCACCUCCAUAGAAAUCCAUUGAAGUCCAAUCCCUCUGUUUUUUUGACAGGACGUGAUAAUCUAACCGAGUAUUCUCGGGGAAUCUAUAAAGUGGGCAACAUUAAAAAACAAGAGGAAUCCUUCUUCUCGACACUACUUUCAUACACUGCGUUACCCUGGCUUCUGAAUAACCUUUUUAAUGAUAAUUUCAAUUAAAAGUAAUUGAGAUUCUUAUUAAAAAAAUUGUUGAUGACAGCAAUAUAAUUAUUACAUAUACAAUACAAAAUACAAUACUAUUACUAGGUAUUAACGCGCGCGUACUUUAUGUAAUGUGGUGAAGAAGAAAGGAGCAUGGAAUUGUUUUUUUUAUUGCUUUCAAUUAAUAAAAAAAAAACUCAUUAAUUGUGGUUAUUAUCAUCAAUUACUAUCAAUUGGUAACUCAUUUAUUUCAUCAGAUAAGACUAUUUUGGUUUUCAGCGAAACAAUUAUAUCGAUAGUCUUCCUUGUAUUUCUCAUAUUUACAAACCGUCCGUACGUAAUUAUGAAAUAAAAAUAAAGAAUUGUUUCGUCAUAACGUUUUGAAUAAAGCCCACACGAGCCCACAGCCAACUGCUGUGACUUCUGUGUUGUUGGGAGAA